AUGCUGGGAAUCUCCUGUGAGCAGUCUCAGCUCCUGGAAGGUGCACAGGUGUGCUUCUUGGACCAUUUCUGGGUGAGAGGGGGAGGGGAGGGAGUCCACGCGCAGGCGCGGCCCUGGCUGCCUGCUUCUCGAGUGAAACUUUGCCCCCUAACGCUUGGGAGCGGAAAGAAUCCGGUGGUCCAGUUCCAGGUUACAGAGCUUGGGAGUGCGGAGCGUGUGCGCAUGUGCAACAAGACUGGCUUAGCAGCGCCCCCGUGUGCACAAACAGGAAGUCCCCCCACCUCCGGGCUCCACCCCCGAAGGACCCGCUUGUGGCCCCAGCAGAGAGCCCGCAGCCAGAGGGAAUGGCCCCCGGGACCCCGAGGCCCCCCUCCCAGACCGCGGAAAAAGAAGAGGGGGUCAAUAACACUCAAAGAUGUGGCCCUGCAUUUCACCCAGGAGGAGUGGGGCCUGUUGGACCAUUCUCAGAAAGAGCUGUACCUGGAGGUCAUGCUGGAAAAUGUGCAGAAUCUACUCUCUGUGGAGGCUGAGACUACUUUUGAAGUGAAGGAGAUCACUACAAUGCCAAGCCUUUUGGUGGAAGGAUAUGGCCCCCAAAGAUGCAUGAAUGAGCAUCCCUGUGACUUCAUUUUGAGAGAAAUUGUUGACUUUAAUAGCAAGUUCAACAGCUACAUCUUUCAUAUCUUCAUGUUUCAUCAUUUACUGAAACCCCUCAGCUAGGAUCCCACUAAUGGGUUCUGGAGUGAUACCCGCCAGGAGCGGUAACCUGGACCAGCCUCUUCAUAAAAUUCUCCUGUGGGUUUGAUCACCUGUGGAGGGAAGCUGAAGAGUGGGAAGGCAAUGGGUAAAGAUUAAGAACGAGAGAGGGAGACAUCGAAGGAACACAGAGAAACAACUUUAGCGCAGUGUCGGCAGGUCAGUGCUCAGAGAGUCCGAAAGAGCAUACGGACCACGUUGCACUGCUUUUAUUAUACAUUUCAAGGACUGGGGAUUUGUGGGAUGUCGAUCAAAUAAGUGGCACAACAGAAGGAUUAACCUAAUAUUGACAACCACUUACAAGUGUGUAAGUAGAAUUUGCUCCCCAGAAUUCUCUUUCCUAGCUUCCCAUUUUCCUUCUCA